AAGCGCUUUUACCUGGAGAAAUGAGGGCAGAGACGUCCUCGCCGGAGGGCCGCCACGCUCUGUCUUCCAAGAUGGUGAGUUCCUUGCGUGAGGAACCUGACGAGCCACGAGGAGGACGCUCGUUGCUCCCGUUGCAGAACUGCUCGGACAACGACAUCAAUCAACAUUUCCAGGACGCCAUCGACGUCAUUCAGCAGCAUUCCAGUACUUCCUACUACGACUCAGACUAUGGAUACUACGAGACUCUGGGUCCUCAGCAGCCGUCUGUGCAGUGCCAGAUCUCCUACUGCUUGGUCGCCCCCCACCCUGACAUGCCGGCCCCCGUGUAUGACUGGAACAACACGCCUUCAGCCGGGCAGCAGACGUGGUCUCAGGUGAUCCCUGAAGUCUCUUUGGGGGACUCGGUGCAAACUGAACCCGCUCACGUGUACCCGCACCAUGCGCCGCAGCGGAAUGCCAAAGGUCGCAAGAAGCUCCGCCUUUACGAGUACCUCCACGAGGCUCUCAACGACCCCGACAUGGGCGACUCCAUCCAGUGGAGCGACAGCGCCAGCGGCACCUUCCACUUCAUCUCCAAGAACAAAGAGAGACUGGCCGAGUCCUGGGGCCAACGCAAGGGCAACCGCAAGACCAUGACCUACCAGAAGAUGGCACGGGCCCUCCGCAACUACCGCCACACGGGCGAGAUCAUCAAGGUCCGCCGCAAACUCACCUACCAGUUCAACCCUAACAUCCUGAACCGGCUGGGAUCGGGACUGGCGCCCAGGAGCCAGCAGCCCAGUCCGGGUGGGCGCAGCUACUGCGGAUCAGCGGUGCCGGACUGGCAGAACUGGUACGCACAGUACCAGAUGCAGGACUACGAGCAGACCGCUAGCUGCUACUCUCGGGGUGACUUUUAGGUCUCGGAUGCGUGUGCUUCCAAGAAGAUCAA